AUGGGACCAUCUGAUUGCCUGAAGGACAACAUCAACGACCCUGUGGCCUACACUUUAGCGGUGUUUGGCGCUGCAACCAUCUCCAUCAGUCACAUGAGCAGCCCUUGGGCGGUUACCUGGUACCUAGGAACAUUCACCCUAAUCGGGAUCAAGAACCGUUGGAGCUCAGAACCUCUGCGCCAAUUCAACUUCAAGCUAGCCGGAUGA